UUUUUGAACUACUACGAGCAUGCGCAAAACUAAACUUAUAAUCGAUCCUUUCACGUUUUCCGGCAUUUUACCGCACUAUUUAUUGCAGAAGUGUCGUUGAAAACACAACAAAAUAUCAAACAUGGCAGCUACGCUGCCUAUGAACCCAAAGCCCUUUCUAAAUGGGCUCACGGGUAAGCCAGUCAUGGUGAAACUGAAGUGGGGAAUGGAGUAUAAAGGAUAUCUUGUGUCAGUUGAUGGCUACAUGAAUCUCCAGUUGGCAAACACAGAAGAAUUCAUUGAUGGUCAGCUUGCAGGGAAUCUAGGAGAAGUCCUCAUCAGGUGCAACAAUGUUCUGUACAUCAGAGGUGUUGAGGAAGAAGAUGAGGAGGGAGAGACAAGAGACUGAAGAAUCUCAAGUCCCAUUGAUGUCACCAGUCAGAGCCGCCUUUAGAGCUCAUCUUUUUGUGUGCUGUUGUUCUUGUCAAAUGCUGUAAACCAUGAUGAAAACCUGACUCUUGUACAUAUACAACCUGACUUAUGAACAUGAUAUCUCACCCUCAUUACAAGUUGUGGAUCAGUUUUGUGUUUUUCUUAGCUUGAACAUGUAGUCCAACAUUUUAAUGUCGUUUUUAUUGUCACAUUGUUUCAUCUUUUUUUACCUGACAACCUGACUAUAAAUCAUUUCUUUUAUUAUUGAUCAUAUCUUCAUUGUUGUAUGGUGGUCAUACCUAGCAAUUUUCAUUGACCAAAAAAAGGUUUUUUAAUUUUUAUAAUGAUGGUUCAAUGUUGAAUUUUUAGUUGGCAAUGCUGACCAUGUGUUGGUCUGUAGCUUUAGUUCUUAAUUGUUGAUUGUUGUUAUCUUGAUAUUGUAUUUCCAUGUUCAAUGUUGUUUGCUAGUUGUCAGCAAAACCAUGAUGAAGUAAACACAAGUUGUUAGUUGAACUAAACAAAAAAGAUCUCCUUAUUUCAAACUGACAGUUUCACAUAUUUUAUGUGCUACUUUGGUGGUAGUGCCAGCCAUUGUCUCAUGAAUAAAACUGGUGAAUGUUCUGGAAAGUUAUCAUUCCAUUUCUUUGUUCAUUUCUACAUUUGGGCAUCUAAUUAAAAAGUUGGAGAUUUUAGCCAG